AUGGAACAUGCCAGAGUGGCUGCCAAGAGGGAUACUUCGGUGAUCACUAAUGUACCCCAGGAACUUUUGGCUAUGACUGUAUGGAAAACUGCAGCACAAGAUGUUUUAAUAAUACCUGUAACCCUGUUAAUGGCUAUAGCUCUAGGAUCAAAGCACUGUUUGCAAAAGAAAACUACAGAAAAGGAAGAAACGGAAAGAAGGAGAAACUCAAACAAGGGUGUGACUCAAACAGAUUUUAUUGGCACUGAUUCCAAACCAUCAUCAUCUGGCCAUGGUAAUAAAAUCAUAAAAACAGAAAAUAAAAAAUCUAAGAAAUGUCAGAAGAAGAAUGAUGAGGCUGAUGUAGAUGACGAUGAGAAAAUACACUCGGAGAAUCCUUACGGAGAUUUUUAUGCUAAUGAAACGACAAUACGAGACAUACCUCUAAAUCAACUAGAGUCGGUUAUAGCUGAGAAAAGAAUGAAUAAAGACGAUGGAUUUCAGAGAGAAUAUGCGUCAUUGCCAUACGGUGAACAAUACAAAUGUGACGAAGGAAGAAGAGAAGAAAAUGUUGUUAAAAAUAGAUAUAAGACCAUCUUUCCGUAUGACCAUUCAAGAGUAAUACUUAGGACUGAGCAAACAUCUGGCUACAUUAAUGCUAACUACAUCGAGGGAGCACACAGACAAAACGAGUAUGUUGCAGCACAAGGACCGACGAAGAAUACACUUGCUGAUUUUUGGACAAUGAUUUGGCAAGGAAAUGUGUCUUCCAUCGUGAUGCUUACAAAUCUGCAAGAGGGAACAAAAAUAAAAUGCUGUCAAUAUUGGCCGGACGUAAGAAACAAGAAUAACUACGGAGCUUUGUCUGUGAAAAUGACGGAGGAAAAAAAGUAUGCAUUUCACAUUUCUCGAAGAAUGAUAGUUAGCCACAAUGAGACCAAGAAAUCACGAUCUGUGAACCAAUAUCAUUAUACUGCAUGGCCCGACUAUGGAAUCCCGGAUCCCCUCUGUCUUGUUGUUUUCCUUGAUCACGUGACCCGUACAGGAACCAAUCAGAAUAGCUCCCCAACAGUUGUGCACUGCAGUGCGGGAAUAGGAAGAACGGGGACGUACAUCGCACUAGACGUCCUAAACCAGAUAGGAAAAAAGACAGGGAAAGUAAACGUAGCAGAGUAUGUCAAGAAGAUGAGGGAAAGCAGAAUGAAUAUGGUCCAAACUUAUGAACAGUACAUGACGAUAUAUCUUGCUUUGAAUGAAAUAUUCAAAUCACGGGUUGACACAAUUACGCUUGAAGACUUUACUAAAAAGAUGGCUGCCAUUACAACUGACAUACCAGCCAAUCAGAAUAUAUUACGAAAAGAAUUUCAGAUUUUGAUGAAGAUACGACCCGUAUACAAUGAUGCUGAUUUUAAGAUAGCCAAGGGAAUUUGUAGGAAUGGAAGUUCGUUUACCAAGAGCAAAGCGUUUAUUGUCACGCAGUAUCCGACAGUUGAGGAUUUUGUAGACUUCCUGUGCCUGCUAUAUGAUCAGGAAUCUGACAUUGUUAUAUUUAUGGAUCCACAGAGAACAACUGAACCGAUGAUGACGUUGUUUCCAACCACAUCUUUCUCAAAAACAGUUCCUCCUUUUACUGUUCAUUUGCAAUCUAAAACUGAAACUGACAGCAAGAAGGACGCCCAUACUGUGACAAUUGUAGAGCCAAAAUCCAGGAUCAUUGCAACCGGAACUUCUCCUGAUACUUCUCAACUUCGAAGCGUCGUCUCCGUUGCAUUAGGAGUAGAGACGGAAAAUCCUAUCAUUGUUGUCAGCAGCGAUGGAGCUUCCCUUUGCGGCGCCUUUUGUGCAGUUCAUAAUGUGAUACAACAAAUCAACAUGGAUGACAAUGUAGAUGUCUUUACUUCCGUCAGAAAACUGCAAGUUCGAAGGCCAGAGUUUUGCUUCAGUCUUGAUGAGUAUGGACUUGUCAACAAAGCAGUGAAUGAUCACAUAGAAAGAAGCGCUGAAAACAUAUACUCUAAUCAGUGA